CCAUCUUUCAACACAUCGCGUUUCUGAACCCGCUUGGAUAAUAAUAUACUCAUUCCCACGCGACUUCUACUUCUUCGAGAAGUCAACCUCGUCCUAGAGCAACCCCUCCCUUGCUCCGUAUCAAUUGUCGCAUGAUCCACCGCAACUUGCGCGCGUCAUCAUGUCCGCCGGAUUGCCUUAUCUGCAGAAGCAGCGCAAGCCCACCCUCACGGAAUGGGCUCAUAUCACUGACCUUCAAAACUAUGCGGAUCUGACCAAGCCCGAGCUUGCCUCGGCGCUGGACUCGCAUCUUCAAGCUCACCAGUCCAUCUUCAUCGACGAUGCGCGCCUAGGAGAUUAUUACAGGCGUCUGUCAGGAUCUCCGCGCAUUUUCUCACCGGCCAAGAAUUCGCCUGUCAAGACAUCGCCGACCAAGCGAGCACCCAAGGUGGAAGGCACUCCGUCGGCAGACGAAGCCCCCAAGUCAACGCGCAAGAGGAGUUCCAGAUCCAAGGUGGAGUCGGUGCAAACGGAUGACUCCGAUGCUCCCCAAACUCCCGGCCAAAUGCUGGUGAGUGUUGAGCCCCCAUUGUCGCCAUUGGCGGCGGCGCUCCCGCCCUCCCCCGCUGUGGUGACCGAUGUGAUCGAUCGCCAAACGGCGGCGUGGGGCAAAAACCUCAAGGACAUUUGGAACGCGUCGGGAGUGCAAGAGCAGUCGGAUUCGCUGCGUGCCAACCUGAGCAGCGUCAAGGCAAUUGCUGUCUUACUGUAUGGGAUUGAAAGCUUUGGUGUCUUGCGAUUACUCUUCCCCCUGAGACUAUUGACCCGCAUCCCCGCUGUCGAAGCGAUCCAUUCACCGGCUUUCGAGAUCUCGGCUCCUGACGCCUUCGUCUUGGUCGAGAGCUCUUUCUGGACUGCUUUCCUCGGGUGGCUCCUUACUAGUCUGGUCAUCCCCUUGACCGUCGCGUAUUUCUUCAACAUCAGCUUGCAGGCGGCUCAGAACGGUGGUCCGGCAGCCAAUACUCGACGUCAACGGGCGGCAGCGGCCGCGCAGCUCGCCAGCUUCGACCCCCUGAGCUUCCACAUUGCCAAGGCGCUCAUCGCGUACUUGGUUUACACCGGCAAGUUUUCUUACUGGGGCUUCUUCAAUGAUAUCGCCGUCGAGGACAUUAACAAUGCUAUUCCGGGUCGCUGGCCCGGAGUCAUCACCGGUUCGGCGAUCGGUGUGCUUACGACCCUCUAUGAAGCUAUCCUGCGGAAGUAGACAUGUCUUGUCUACGUACUCAGUCAGUGAUAUAAGCUUGCUCUGUUCGGCUCGCGCCGAAUGACCAAGUCUUGGCAUUUCUGGGGUUGGUGUUCUGGAAGUGAAUUCGACUUGUGCUCAGGUACUGUGGGAACAUCCCAUGAUUUCUUAGGCUGUUCCGGCAGCCUA